CAUUUUGCAAACCCCAUCAUGAAAAUCCUUUGUCUGCAUGGAAAAGGCACAAGUGCAAGCAUACUAGAAACACAAACGUCGGCUUUCCGACGGCACUCACGCGCUUUGCAGCCAGAAACAUGUCUAGUCUUUGACUUCGUGGAUGGACCUCUUCCCUCAGAUCCCGCACCGCCAGUCGACAAAUUCUUCAAAGGUCCUUUUUUCUCCUUCUACAGAUCAGCAGACAUCGACAAUCUGCGCUCGGCUCAUACGUGGCUUCUGGACUUGAUACAAAGACGCGGGCCUUACGAUGGCGUUUUGGCGUUUUCUCAAGGGUGUGCUUUGGCUGCUACUUUGAUGCUGGAAAUACAGACCAGGUCUGGAGGAUCUCAAACACAGCCGUUCAAAUUCGCCGUGUUUAUCUGUGGCGGAGUACCACUUUCGUAUCUUGUUGAGAAAGGGUAUAUUGUUUCUGAUGCAGCAUGGCAGUAUGACAAACAAGCCGCACUAGCAUUGUCGACUCAAGCAUCCUUCAACGCACUUUUACAGUGUGGCAGCCAGCGCUGGAACCAUCAAGACUUGACAGGUCUUAAAGAUAAGCACGGCUCUCCCAACGACCACCAUGAAAGCCUCUUGGCGACAGAAGUGUUCGAAUUUGAUUUCGCUCAAGUGGCAGAUGCUCACAAGAUUCAAAUCCCGACUGUUCACAUCUAUGGGUCCAGAGAUCCUCGCAGGGGAUCUGCAUUGCAGCUGGCGGGGAUGUGUAAUCCUGACAAAGCAAGAGUUGCCUGUCACGGAGGCGGCCAUGAUAUCCCCCGAACGUCGGAACGACUUGAUAUCAAGGUUGAUAUUAUGGGCAUCAACAGAGGCGAGAAACAGUGA